GGGCUCUUAUGGUGUUCAGGCAUCAGGGAGUGCAAGAGUACGGAGUGGCGCGCCUACAAACACACAGACACGCACACAGCCAAACAAGCAGAUUCGUUCACAGACCAAGAGUCUGUAGGGGAAGAGAAGACAAGGAGAAACUUCUCAGAGAAGAGGCAGCACACUCUCUUACUGUGCAACAGAUAUGUUGAAAGAACUAAAGACGCUGUGUCCUGUAUGGCCCUUGGCUGUGGCGGUGCUGUGCAUACUCACUAUGGAAGUCAGCAGUCAAUGCUGGGAGAGCUCCCACUGCCAAGACCUUAGCACAGAGGAGAACAUGUUGGAGUGCAUUCAGCUGUGUAGGUCAGACCUCACAGCUGAGACCCCAGUGUACCCUGGCGAGGGCCACCUCCAACCACCAGAGCCUGAGGAGACUGACGCAGACUCCUUGCCCACCCUCAACCUUGCUGCCGCGGGCUCCCCCGAGGAGUCAUCCCCCGAGGUGAAGCAGGCCUUCCCCAGGCAGGAGGAAAAGCGUUCCUACUCCAUGGGUCACUUCCGCUGGGGCAAGCCGGUGGGCCGCAAGCGCCGGCCCAUCAAGGUAUACCCCAACGGCGUGGAAGAGGAGUCGGCCGAGGUGUUGCCGGGGGAGAUGCGGCGCUCGGCGGCGGCGGUCAACGACGUGGACUACGGAGCGGUGGGUGGCGAGGCGGAGGAGAAGGCAGCGCUGGCCGGGCUGCUCCAGCAGAAGAAAGACGGCUCGUACAAGAUGAACCACUUCAGGUGGAGCGGGCCACCGGCCAGCAAGCGCUACGGCGGCUUCAUGAAGUCGUGGGACGAGAGGAGCCAGAAGCCCCUCCUCACGCUCUUUAAGAACGUCAUCAACAAGGAUGGACAACAGAAGAAAAGUCAGUAAGCGGGGUUGUGGGGGAGGAGAGUGGGUUGGUGGAGAGAAGGAGCGACAGAGGAGAGGAGAUGGAUGAGAGGAGAAAAAGUGAAGGAAAGAGAAGGUGAGGAAAGGAAAAAAGGAUCCAUGACACUGACCUGUGAGAUUUUGCCCGUGCUUUUUGUUUCCCUCCGUAAAGAGGAGACAUACUUGCUUAUUCCUCCCCCUAAUGAUCCUAGCACACAGUAAGUAGAUUGAUUUGUAAUAUUAUUGGGGCUAUCAAAAGGCUUUGUUGACCACAAGCACUUUGUUUUACAAGUUACUCCAUGAUUAACACUGCUAUCAAGAAAUAAAUUCUGAAUAUUGUACAUAUGCUUUUGUGAGUAUUAAUGAGAAGAUGGGUGAAUCAUCUAAUUUGUUGAUGUACUAUACUGUAAACUAAUUACAUGUGAUACAUAAAAAUAUUUUAUUGCAAGCA